AUGGGCGAUAAUGAAUCCCUUGUCGCAAGUGAAGCGUCGAACGACCCCCCAAGGUCCCCGUCUCCAAUCCCUCCAGAACCAGCUGCUGCUUCGACGCCUGAUGCGUUCCCUUCGAUAGCGAGCGACACGUCUAGCAGCGCACAGCGUGUGGUCACGGGGAAGAGAAAAAGGGCGCUCUUCCAGACGGAGACUGUAGAAAUGAUGAGGCAGAUCCAAGCUGAAGAUGUGGACCAGAUGGCCAACAGUUUGUGGACGAUCGCUCUACAGCAGGGCUCCACAAUAUUCCACUAA